UUGUCAGCACCAUACCGUGCUUCAUGGGUUACACCGAAGUGGUUCACGAUUUUUACGUUUAUAUAGCGACACGCAUGCACGUGUAUGUGUGUGUUUGUGGCUGCUUGAACUAGUCCGGACAAAUGCCGAUUAUAGAGAGCUAGCCCAGUGAGAUAUUAUGCCACAGUUUAACAUGAAUACCCCACUCAGACACAGUGUACUAACUCCGAGCCGACCAGUCAUUGUUUUAGCCCAUUAAUGCCGAGCGCCAGACAGGGUUAAUACAAGAACCAUCUUUAAACGUUUUCUGGUAUGACGUGGCAGGGAUCGAAACCCGGAGCUUCCUCUUGUUCAUGAGUGAAGUGUCAUAUUUAGUAGAUUCCCCUGCAUGUCUACCACAGGAUGUCUGGAUGGACACGACCAUGUCGUGGGUGAUAAAACCUUGAUCGGAAAGCUUACUGGGUGUAUCUUGGAGUGUCGGUGAUCUGUAUGUGCAGUGGUGAUCUGUGGUUGUUGUGACUCCGCUAUGGCGCAGUUGGAUACGGAAAGCCCCUUAUUUGAGAAGUAUUACGCCACAUUCAAGAAGAACUUUAACUCUGUCCAACGGAGAGAAAAUCUGGAGGAGAUACAACACGUUUUGCAAGGUGAUGACGAAGACCAGUAUGACUUCAACUACCCUGAACGAGGCCUGGCAGUGAUCAUCAAUAACGAACACUUCACCAACAUUGCCGACAGGAAGGGCUCCGAUGUCGAUGCCACCACUCUGGAGGACAUAUUCGUUAAACUGGGGUUUCAAGUGAAGCGCUAUGACGACCUAACUGGAGACCAGAUGGUGCAGACCCUCCAAAAAGUUGCCGGGAAUAAUGAAUACGACCACAGGCUAGCCGAUUGCUUUGCAUGUGCUAUUCUGUCACAUGGAGAUAUGAAAGAAAUAGACGAAUGUGAUACUACAGCGCAACCACAUAAAGCUAAGGUCAAGCACGACAUCCUCUAUGGCGCGGACGGCACUGUGGUCCCAACCAGACACCUCGUCAGCAUCUUCAACGAUGAGUGCUGUCCUGAACUGAAGGGGAAGCCAAGGCUGUUCUUUCUGCAGGCUUGUCGAGGACAUGACAAGGAUGCUGGCAUGGAUGUGGUCGUGCUGCAGGAGCAGGCCGUACCGGGAGAUGCUGGUGAACAGGUAACACAAGACCGAGUGGAUGGUGAAGCCCAGCAGGAGGAGCAGCGGGAUGAGGCAUCGGCAAGGAUCACUCUAUCGCCCUCACCUGUAUACAGGGACUUUCUGAUAAUGUACGCUGCACCUCCAGGGUUCUACGCGUGGCGGAAUGAAUUGCAUGGAUCCUGGAUGGUCCAGUCUUUCAGGGCAGUGAUGUCAGCCACAGACGUCUCUGGUGUGUCGUUCACAACGUUGCUUACCAAAGUCAAUCGGGAAGUUUCAAAGCGUGAGGCAAAAACCGACAAAAAAGGAAUGAAUAAAAAGAAAGCCAUUCCUUGCAUCAUGUCUAUGCUUCGCAAAGAUGUCUAUUUCAGCACAAAGAAUCCAGAGUCUGAUCAUAUGGUAGUGUGUAUAUACAUAUACACAUUCAGGGGCCCUGUGUUGUGGCUACUGUUACUGUUCAUGUUAGGGAAGUUAUCUAUAUUCGAACGAAUUUGUUUCAGGAGUAUCUGUCAAAUACCCGGUUGGACAAUGGAUUCGCCAACAGUUUCUUCUAGCGACGAGGCUCAAGAGGAAUCGGAAAGUGAGGGUCUAGAUGAAUGUGUUUCGCUCUCGGAUACGCUUGACGAUACUGAUGGAGCAUUUACAAAGUAUAUCAGGAGAUUUCGAGAAAUCUUCAAGCCUCAUCGUCGAGCAAAGAAGCUAUCAGAAAUGCAACCUGUUCACCACAAGGAAAAUGGCGAUGAGUACGACUUCACCUACCCCGAGAGGGGAAUGGCGGUCAUUAUCAAUAACAAGACGUUUGGCCCUGAAUCUGGAAUGCGCAAUAGAAAGGGAUCUGAUCUGGAUGCGUCAAACCUUAAGAACAUGUUCCAAAGGUUAGGAUUCAAGGUUCUACGCUGUGACAAUCUAACGAAAGACGAAAUGGUUCGCACUCUCCUGAAAGUUGCCAGCAACAAGCAAUACAACCACACCAAGGCUGACUGCUUCGCUUGUGCAAUUCUGUCCCAUGGCGCUUAUCAAGAGUUGGAAGAACCACCAUCUGCUGUGAAGUCGCGACAGGAUAUCAUCUACGGCGUGGACGGUCGGAGCGUCACCACCAGACACCUCGUCAGCAUCUUCAACGACGAGUGCUGCCCUGAACUGGAAGGGAAACCAAGGCUCUUCUUCAUACAGGCAUGUCGAGGAACAAGAACAGAUGCGGGUGCCUAUUUAGCUGUUAUGGGGACAGGGGCUCAGCCAACAACUCAAGGUGCUCGUUCAGACAAAGGUGCAAGUGAUGCAGUUCCCAACUCAUAUAAUCAGCCAGGACAAAAGGAUAUGUCACAUGACAAAAAACCGAAGUUGGACGAAGAAGAAGUAGAUAGAGGACAAUCAGGGUACCCAGCUCAAGGGCCCGUCUUCUCCAUCUCGCCCUGUCCCAUCUACAAGGACUUCCUUCUGAUGUACGCAAUCCCUCCAGGGUUCUUCGCAUGGCGGAACAAGGACACGGGAGCUUGGAUGAUGCAGUGCCUCGCGUCUGUUCUGCAGGAGAAAGAUAUCCAUGACACACCAUUAACGACACUUCUUACUAGAGUCAGUCACCUGAUGACACAGUUUGAGUCCCAAACCGACAACCCAGAGGACGAUAAAAAGAAGGCUGUUCCUUGUGUCAUGUCCAUGCUGACCAAGGCAGUUUACUUCAGAGACAAAGCUGUGCCCCAUUAAAUACUACAACCAUAGAAUUGGUCAUUUUGUGUGACAAUAUAUCCUUUCAAUUGUCUUAUUAAGGCAUGUAAUUUUCAGAUAUCUGGACAUUCGUGAUCAUGCCUAAAUUUCAGUACAGCUGUGUUUAUUUUCAGGGCAACCAUACUGUGAGACAUUGGUACUCAAUUUAAUCUCAUUGUACCAAACAUUCACGAUACCAAAAUAGCCUUCAUUGAAGUGAAUAUUUCCCUUUAGCACUGCACAUGUUUUUUUGUUUGGUUGGUUGGUUUGUUGGUUGGUUUAACGACGCGCUCAGGAUAUUUCAGAUUGAUAUUAUGAGCAACGUCCAACGCUGUCAGGAUACGAAGACACGCGUUCAACCAAGUAACGACCCUGAUCACCACAAGACAAAUAUUGGUUGCUAGGUUCCUGUUCCAACCCGGUAUAUCCACGGGACGUAAGGGUGUGAGGCAUCAAACCUGGAUAUUCUAUGUGAUGAGCGAACACUCUAACCACACCACCACCCCUACUUACCCUGCAGCUCCUCUCGAUACUGCCACAGAGCCAUGUCAUGAGGAAAUAUUUAACACCUGCUCGCCAACAGCAAUAAAAUAAAGUCUAUGGACAGAUUUAUGGCGGAGACAAGGGCAAGGGCAAAAUGGGAGUUAACACUCUCAUACUUCAACACAUUGUAUUGCAGUGAGUACAUCGCCAAUGACAACUGUAUUUAAGAAACAGAAAUCUUCCUGUUCUGGCCUAAACUUAUCUGACUGAUAACAAGUUGUUUAUAGAACCCUGGUAGAUAUGAAAAUGUCAAGGUGAAAUAGAAUGUUCCAACAUUGUGACACGAAUUUCAUUUUUCACUUGUUUGAUAAGUAUUUACUUAGAUAAGUAUUUGUAUCAUACAUUGGUGUUAAGAAUUGUCAUGCAUAACUUGUUCCACAACCGGCCAUCAAGACGUAUGUGUAAAUGCGUAAAGAUUUUUCACAGUGGCUUCCUGAUCACUGAACAAAGGAUUGAGUGAUUGAUGAUUGAUGUUAUAAAAAUUACAUUGAAGUCGAAGAUACGUUUGAAUUAUGUCCUGA